AUGCUUCUUACAACCACCAAAACACAUUUUCCCUUCUAUCUAAUCAGACCUAAAACAUCUAAAAUAUCCGAUCUACUCCACACCACAUCAGAAAUUCAAUACCCAUGCAAUUCCUACACUCACCUCUUCAAAUCCCACCCGCAAACCCGCUCAAUCGAGCAGAUACACGCCCGAAUCAUUGUCGAAGGAACAUGCCACUGCAGUUUCUCCGCCACCCAUCUUGUCAAAUCCUAUGCGAAGGCGGGAUAUCACUUGACGGCCCGCCGCAUUUUCGAAUCGGUGCCCAACAAGUCGGUCUUCCUCUGGAACGCCAUGAUCCGUGCUUGUAACCAGAUUGGGUCGUGGUUGGAGGUUGCUGAAUUGUAUCGGAGAAUGGAAGGUGAAGAAAUCGAACCUGAUGGCUUCACUCUUCCCUUUGUCAUCAAGGCGUUUUCUGCUCUUUCGUCUGUUGAAGAUGGGAAGAGGAUUUACGAACUCGCUAACCGAAUUGGGUUGGUGAGAAAUGUCCAUGUUGCAACUGCUUUGAUUGGCAUGCUCCUGAAUUUCAAUGAAAUUGGUCUUGCUCGUGAGAUUUUUGACAGAAUGCCUGAACGGGAUAUCGUGGCAUGGACUGCCAUGAUUACUGGAUACAUCCAUCUUGGAUACCAUUGUGAAGCUUUGCAAAUUUUCAGAGAGAUGAGAUUGGGAGAUGAGAAACCAAAUUCGAUCACAGUUCUGAGCUUGAUUUCGGCUUGUGGAUACACAAUCCAUGCUUUAAUAAUAAAACUGGGAUUGGGUUUCUCUGUUGAGGUGGAGACAGCAAUCUUAGACAUGUAUGCGAAGAGUGGGGAUCUCGCAAUGGCCCUCAGUCUAUUCGACAGUAUGUCGCAGAAGAGUUUGGUCUCAUGGACUGCAAUGGUUGAUGGAUAUGCAGAAAACAAGUUUCCCCAUGAAGCGAUUUCAUUAUUUCGUCAAAUGCUGAAAUUUCCAGACCUCAAGCCAGACACCGUUGUGACAAUGAGCGUGAUUCAAGCUUGUGCCCAGCUGGGUUCUUUGAAUUGCGGAGAGAUGAUUCAUGGGUAUGUUCUCCAACAUGGGUUUGAAUCUGAAUUACCAGUUGAAACUGCUCUAGUCGAUAUGUAUGCGAAAUGCGGUAACAUAAAUGCUGCACAAAUGGUUUUCAAUAGAAUUCAAGAUCCAAGCAUGGUCACAUGGAGUGCAAUGAUUUCAGGCUAUGGAUUUCAUGGGCUGGGAUGUAGAUCUCUUGAUCUUUUUGAGCAGAUGAAGACAGUGGGAUUCAUGCCUGAUGAAGCUGCAUUCCUGAGUGUUUUAUCUGCUUGUAGCCAUUCGGGUCUCGUUUAUGAGGGAAGGGAGUGUUUUGAAUCGAUGGUUCAAAUGCAUGGCAUGACGCCCAAUGUGAAGCAUUAUGCCUGCAUGGUUGAUCUCCUCGGGCGGGCUGGGCUGAUAGUCGAGGCAUGUGGCCUCAUCGAAGGGAUGUCCGUCGAGCCGGAUGCGAAUGUAUGGGGAGCCUUGCUGUCGGCUUGUAGAGUCAAAGGGAAUGUGGGGGCUGCUGAGCUGGCAUGUAGGAGUCUGUGUGAGUUGGGUGCUGAUAAUGCAGACUACAAUGUCCUUAUAGCUAAUGUAUAUGCAGGUUUUGGGAGAUGGGAUGAGGUGUCUAAGGUCAGAUCUGGUAUGAGAAGAAAGGGAGAGGGAAAAACACCAGGUUGCAGCUUUGUUGAAGUGAAUUGCAAGAUGCAUGCCUUUGUUGCAGGAGAUAGAUCUCACCCUCAAUCCAAAGACAUAUAUGCAAUGUUGGAGAAUGUUCAUGCUCUUGCCGGUGAUGAACGGUGA